CUUCCGGCCGUCAGUCGGGGCGGCGGCGCGGAGCAGUGCGGAUCUCCCCGCGGAGCUCCGAGCGGCGAUGGAGGCCCCGCCCGCUCCCCCCGCCGUCCCGCCCGCUCCUUGCAGCGCCGCUCGGAGCCUUCAGGACGAGCUCACCUGCCCGGUGUGCUUGGAAUACUUCACCGAUCCGGUGCUGGUGGCGGAAUGCGGCCAUAAUUUCUGCCGGGCCUGCGUGACGCAGUGCUGGGAGGACUCCGCGCGGCGGCUCUGCUGCCCGCAGUGCCGCGAACCGGUCCCGCAGCGCCUCUUCCGCCCCAACCGCUCCCUCGGGAACAUCGUCCACAUCGUCCGGCAGCUCGGUUUGCCCCCCGGCCCCGCCGAUCCUCCUCCGGGCCCGCCCGCCCCCGCUCCUCCUCUCCCAGCGGCCGUUCCUCCGGUUCCGCCGGGUCCUCCCCGCUGUCCCCGGCACGGCGAACCGCUGCGGUUGUUUUGCGUUCAGGACCGGAGGGCGGUUUGCGUCGUGUGUCACCUCUCAAGGGAACACCGCGCCCACACCGUGCUGCCCGCCGAGGAGGCGGCCCACGCGGCGGAGGAGGUGCCUCAGGAGCACCUGAGCUCCCUGCGGAAAGGACGGGAAGAAGCAAAA